GUAUAGGGACCCCACAAACCCAACCUUUCUCCACAGCAACCGACUCGACUGAGUCACUCAGUCUCCUCCUCCAACGCCAAACACCACCAUCACCCCUCUUCUAUCUCUCUGCAAAAACGACACACCCCUCUCUCUAACCCUAACAUCCCCCUUUUCAUCUUUUCAAUCACACCCCACAAUCAAACGGCCCAUAUCUAUCCACGUGUCCACCACCAUCCUCAUCUUUCUUCUUCACUUGUCUCUGUUACCUCACCAAUUUAAUCUCACAAGAUCCCCUUUUUAGGGUUUGUUUUCCACACCCAUCAAACCCUCUUAAAAUUCUUUCGAAAAAUCUCAAAAUUUUCAAAAAUCAAGAAACUUUGAUGCUUAUGUUCUUGAUUCUUAUUCAUGUUUGAGCUUCUGCUUUGUGGGGUUUGCGAAAUUUAGGGUUUGUCUUGAAUUGAGGGAAUUUGAACUGGGUUGAUGGUGAUUGAGAAAAUUAGCUUAAAAGUUGUUCGGAAACCGAAUAGGGUAGAGUCUGAUAACAUGUCUAGUGAAGAAGAUGAGUUUCAGAAAAGAGGCGUUGCGUUAGAAGAAGAUGGCGAUGACUGUGAUUCGGGUGCGGGUUCGGACGAGUUUGAUUUGCUUGAAUUGGGUGAAACCGGUGAGGAGUUUUGUCAAAUCGGCGAUCAAACGUGUAGCGUUCCGUUUGAGUUGUACGAUCUUCCCGGGUUAGAAGAUGUUUUGUCGAUGGAUGUUUGGAACGAUUUGUUAACGGACGACGAACGGUUAAAUCUUACGAAAUAUCUCCCGGAUAUGGACCAAGAACAUUUUAUGAGGACCGUGAAAGAUCUUUUUACGGGUUCGAAUUUUCACUUUGGUGUUCCGAUGACGAAGUUUUACAAUAUGUUAAAGGGAGGGUUGUGUGAACCGAGAGUCUCGAUUUACAGACAAGGGGUCGGGUUUAUUCAAAAGCAUCGGCAUUAUCAUGUAAUUCGAAAGCAUCAAAACACGAUGGUCAACAAGCUUGUUCAGGCACGUGACGUUUGGUCAAAGUGUAGGGGGUACAGCAUCGAUGAAAAGAUCCGUGUGUUACACAUUAUGAAAAGUCAGAAGAGCUUAAUGAAUGAAAAUACAGAAGAAUUGGAAACCGACUCUUCAGAAGAAUCUGCAGAUGGGUUAUGGAGCAACAAGACGUUAAAAGAAUAUAAACCGAAGGGGAAGCAAAACUUGAAAGGAACUCAAAAGGUUUCGGGCUCGAAAACGUUUACAACCGAAGAACGUGUAAACCCGUUUUCUUCUCUUGAAGUAAAGCACGGGCCAUCAAGUUCAUCAUCGCUUCUUUCUAGACAAAUGCGGGAUCACGAAGAAAAUGCGAUGUAUGAUGUCACCGUACACGGAGAACAUAAUUUGACGGAUAGAGUUGGGAAGAAGCAUAAAGGUUAUAUCGGUGAAGAAUUUCAAGAAACGUUUAUGGGUGUGCCUGUGCCAUUGAAGACCGAUAUGCAUGCUUUUGGAAGAAAUAGGGUUGUAAAUCAGUUAUCGGAUAUUAAAGUGUUGACUGCUAAACCGUCUGGUUCAAGAUUUCCUUAUGAUUAUGGGAAGAAGGUCAAUCGUCCUGAGUAUAAUCAGAAAAUCGAUGUUGAAGGUGCAUUGAAUUAUAGGAACCCACAUGAUUUAAAUCAACAGGAUCCAUUUUGGCAUCAGUCACGAGGGGACUCCAUUGAUCUGUACAGGAUGGGAAUGAAGAAGGGCAAAACGGUCAAUACCCAAAACGGAGGAAGAGUUGUGGCCGCUGCUGAAGGAAUGAAAAUGUUAGCAAAAGGCGAAGAAACAGAAUCCGAUUCAUCUGAACAGUUCGGUGAAGAUGACGAUGAUAACCCUUUGAUGAGAAGCAAAUGGGCUUACCCCAGUGGCGUGAAAUCCAGGCCCGAUUUCAAAAAACAAAAACUUGGUGGCAAAAACAAUAAUAAAAGUUUUAAAAAUAUGAACGGUGAUGUUCGCUUUGAAGAUAUUUUCGUAAGAAAAACAUAUCCUGACGGGUCGUUACAAAAGAAGGGUAAAACACAUGGUAACAAUCUUUUUAACGAUCUGAACAGUGAUGCUCGUUUCGAAGACUUUCUCGUAAGAAAACCAUAUCCUGGUGGGAAGAAGAGAAAAGGAGAAUUCGGAAAUGACCAUUCUACCCUUCCGUCAAUGCACAUAAACGAUUAUCAUGAAAUGGUGGAUAUACGAUUAUCAGGUGGCAAUUCGGGGUCCAAGAAACGGAAAGCAAAAGAUGAAUUGAUGUACAUGGAUGAUCAUGAUCAAGAAGGUCAAAGUCAAUUCAAUGAUGUUUACGUUAGAACCGUUGGGAAAAGGAAAUGGGCGGACGAUAUCCCUUUCGAGAACGUGAUUCCCGAGCCAACAGUUAUGGAGAUUGCAGAAGAAGAAGCGGAUUUCGAAAAUAAAACACAGAAAAAACCGUUUAUCUUAAUCACACCUACGGUUCACACGGGAUUUUCGUUCUCGAUUAUACACCUUUUAUCGGCAGUACGAAUGGCAAUGGUAACCCUACUUCCAGAAGAUAAUGUAAACGAUGAGGUAAAGCCGGAAGCUGGUAAUGGUGAUCACAACGUAGAUCCAACCGUCCCGUCUUUGACCGUCAAGGAUAUAGUCAACCGGGUUCAGUCAAACCCGGGUGACCCGUGUAUUCUCGAAACUCAAGAACCACUUCAAGAUUUGGUAAGAGGGGUUUUAAAGAUAUUUUCUUCAAAAACCUCACCUUUAGGAGCUAAAGGAUGGAAACCGCUCGUUUUAUAUAAAAAGCCUGUUAAGUCUUGGUCAUGGGUCGGGCCCGUUUCUCGGGUUUCAUCAGAUCAUGAAAACGUUGAAGAAGUAACGUCUCCCGAAUCAUGGGGACUUCCGCACAAAACGUUAGUUAAGUUAGUUGACUCGUUCGCUAAUUGGCUAAAAAGCGGUCAAGAAACGUUACAACAAAUUGGAAGUCUACCCCCUCCACCUUUGACCUUAAUGCAAGUCAACUUAGAUGAAAAAGAACGGUUUCGAGAUUUACGGGCUCAAAAAAGUCUCAACACGAUAAACCCGAGUUCAGAAGAAGUUCGGGAUUAUUUCCGUAAAGAAGAAGUUCUACGGUAUUUAAUACCGGACCGCGUUUUUGCGUAUACAACUGUGGACGGUAAAAAGUCAACGGUGGCCCCGUCAAGAAAGGGUGCGGGAAAGCCGACAUCGAAAGCCCGUGACCAUUUCAUGUUGAAGCGGGACCGGCCACCUCACGUAACCAUUCUUUGUUUGGUUCGAGACGCUGCUGCACGGUUACCGGGAAGCAUCGGGACACGUGCCGAUGUUUGUACGUUAAUUCGUGACUCACAAUACAUAGUAGAAGAGGUUUCAGAUGCUCAAGUGAAUCAAGUGGUCAGUGGUGCGUUGGACCGUUUGCAUUAUGAGCGGGACCCGUGUGUGCAGUUUGACGGUGAAAGGAAACUAUGGGUUUAUUUACAUAGAGAAAGAGAAGAAGAGGAUUUCGACGAUGACGGGACUUCAUCGACUAAAAAAUGGAAACGACAAAAGAAAGAAGCGGUUGAACCAUCUGAUCAGGGCGGUGACGGUGGUGGUGGUGGUGGUGCGGUUACUUUGGCCUAUCAUGGAACGGGUGAGCCGACGGGGUUUGAUUUGAGUAUCGAACCAGAACCAUCGAGUGUCAACAACGAUCAAGAUUUUGAUGAUGGAAGAGAGGAAGAUGUUGUUGAGGUCUGUGUUUCUUGAUGAGUUUUGUUUUAAGGUACCGGGCGGUGUAAUAAUAAAGAAAAUUGCACAGAAAGGGAUGGAUUUUUGACAUACGGGAAGCGAAUAGUUGAAGAUUGAUAUGUAGUUUGGUAUAUAGAUUUUAUAUUGAUUUAUAAUAUAAUGAAUUUACAAAUUUGUUAAAGUUGUGUUGCCUUUUGGGUGUAUGAGAAUUAGUUAUAGUAUGAAUGCUACAACAGGUUGGUAAUA